GACGAUGAAUCCAAGGAAAAUAGGAUAACUAAAAAGAUGAAACGCCUGUCGAGAGAUCUUAAAAAGCUUGAGGAUCGAAUACGGAAGAGACGGGCACGAGACCGUGAUUCGAGAUUAGAGGAUGGUGAUCAUAAACGGCAGAAAUCAUCCAGUGGCAGAGACAGGAGAAAUCUGUCACAAAGCCCUUCACGAACUCCACCCGAUUCUCCAUUUAUCCCGUCGGAUGAUGAUCAACGAUCGCCCUCGAUUGACGAGGGGCUCACUGUGGAUACAAUAGAAGUUGCGUUGGGCGGCGAGGUCGCAUCGACCUCGAAUCAUUCUCAUGAUCCGCCCGUUGGUACUUCCACAGCACCGGCAGAGGCUUCUAUUGAACAUCAACCGACAGUAAAACCAGGAGGAGAUUCAUCUUCUUUAAAUGCCCAAAAAACUGAGGCUUCUGGGCAAGAGAAUGAACUCAUUAUUGAAGACCUGGAUGAGGAAAUUUUGGAUGUAAUCGGCAAACGAGUUGCAGAAGACAGAGUGCUGGCCCCAGCUAUUCCUAAAAGUAUCGCUGUUCGGCUGGAAGACAUUUUGAAGAAAGGUCUUCCAAAGGAGGAAAGAGAAAAGCUAAUCAAGGAACAUGCACCACCAAAAAAUUGCGUCUUGAUUGAUCCUCCUAAACUAAAUGAAGAGGUUAAAGUUUCUAUAGCGGAACCGUCAAGAAAACGAGAUGAUCGAAUCGUCGAUAAACAAAAGAAAAUUACUGCUUGUCUCGCCUUGAUGGGUAGCUCCAUAGUUGAUGUUAUCAACAAUAGCAAGGCGGAUAAAGGAACUUCGAUAUUGCCACCAGCGCAAAUUGCCUUAGUUAAAAAGCUCAGUGAAGCAGCACGGUUGUUGGCAGAUCUGCAGAGAGAUGAAACCCUGACUCGCAGAAGUCUAAUUCUUGCUACGAUUAAUAGCUCACAGAAGGAAGUAUUGGAAUCAUCAACAGCUGAUGAAUGGCUUUUUGGCCAAAAAUUGGAUGAGCGUCUUAAGGCGGCAAAGACAAUCGAACGAUCGGGAAAGGACCUGAAAGCAAAACCUAAAAUCUCUAAGAAGCCAAAAAACUUCAAGGCUCCGCCUCGUCGUCAGCCUUUCAAGCCCAGGACGUCGGGCGGGUUCCGGAACAAAUUUUACAAUCAAAAUCAGUCCAACAAGAAGAACUGGGGAACUCAGAACACGGGAGACCACAAUCCCCAAUCACAAACCCCAGCACAACAGAAAAAAGCUUAGCUUCAAGGGAUGUAAGUAGAUCAGCUGGCAGGUUAAAAAAUUACCUGAAUAAGUGGAAAGACUUAACUUCCGAUUCCAGAGUUUUAGAUUGGAUAAAAGGUUAUAAAAUUCCCUUUGCAGAAUUAGUAUUUCAAAAUACAAUCCCUAGAGAACCUUCAUGGUCACUAAAAGAAAAAAUUCAGGUUAAGGAACACAUAGAUCAGUUAAUUUCCAAAGGAGUUAUUAGUAGGUGCCAUCCACAGAAAGGGCAAUUUGUAUCGGGUAUCUUUUUAAUUCCAAAGCCAGAUGGUUCAAGUAGAUUGAUUCUUAAUCUUAAAAAAUUAAAUGAAUUUAUUGAAAUAGACCAUUUUAAAAUGGAGGAUUAUAAAGUAGCUUGUAAAUUAAUAAGUCGCAAUUGUUUUAUGGGUAAAUUGGAUCUUAAAGAUGCGUAUUAUAUGAUCCCAAUUGACAAAAAUUAUAAAAAAUAUUUAAGAUUUUUGUUUGAUGGCAAUCUCUAUGAAUUUAAUUGCUUACCCUUUGGCCUCAACACGGCUCCAUAUAUUUUUACGAAAAUCAUGAAGCCAGUAGUAGCUUAUCUGAGAAACUUAGGAUUUUUGUCGGUUGUUUAUCUGGAUGAUCUGUUACUGUUUGGAAACACGUAUUCGGAUUGUUUAAAGAACAUAAAGGAAUCUCUAAAUGUGUUAAAAAGUCUAGGUUUUAUUAUUAACGAAAAUAAGAGUCGUAAAAUUCCAGCACAAGCCCGUAAAUUUCUUGGUUUUAUUUUAAAUUCACAAAAAAUGAC